AGGACCAGCAAAGGUAAGCCAAAGGAAACAUCCAUCCGAGCAGUUUUGUCUCUUCGAAGAUCUUCCUCUGUUGUUUCUGCAAAUCCCAUUUCCUUCAACCUUGUUCUCUUCGAAACUGCAACCAUGAGUGAGGGAGGAGAAAGGACUUGUCCUCUCUGUGCUGAGGAGAUGGACUUGACUGAUCAGCAUCUGAAGCCUUGCAAAUGUGGCUAUCAGAUAUGUGUUUGGUGUUGGCAUCAUAUCAUAGAGAUGGCCGAGAAAGAUGAAACAGAGGGUCGAUGUCCUGCAUGCCGAUCCCCUUAUGACAAAGAAAAGAUUGUAGGCAUGACAGUUAAAAGUGAGAGGUUGGCUGCGGAAGUAAACAUGGAGCGCAAAAAGUCGCAGAAGGCUAAGCCUAAACCUUCCGAGGGAAGGAAACAACUUAGCAGUGUGAGAGUGAUUCAAAGAAAUCUGGUUUACAUAGUGGGCUUGCCUCUUGAUCUAGCAGAUGAAGAUCUUCUCCAGCGUAAAGAAUACUUUGGUCAAUAUGGGAAAGUUCUAAAGGUAUCAAUGUCUCGAACUGCAGCUGGGGUUGUCCAACAAUUUCCUAACAAUACUUGCAGUGUAUAUAUUACUUACUCCAAAGAAGAGGAAGCGAUUAGAUGUAUCCAGGCUGUACAUGGAUUUGUUUUGGAUGGUAGAUCUUUGAAGGCUUGUUUUGGUACAACUAAAUACUGUCAUGCAUGGCUAAGAAAAGUGCCUUGCACCAAUCCAGAUUGCCUUUAUUUGCAUGAGGUUGGUUCACAGGAGGAUAGUUUCACAAAAGAUGAGAUUAUAUCAGCUUACAUGAGGAGUAAGGUCCAACAAAUUACUGGUGUGACAAAUAGUUUGCAGCGUCGAGCAGGGAGUAUGUUGCCUCCACCGAUGGAUGAUUAUGGCAAUAAUAGUUCUAGCACAAAGCCAAUCCCAAAAGUUGCUCUUAACCAGAACACGCAAAGCAUUCUUAAAAGUUCUCCUCCAAACGGCAGCACUGGCAAAGCUGUUACUCUUCCUGCUGGAGCCUCAUGGGGAAUGCGGUCUUCAAGCCAAGCUCCAGUACCAAUUUCUGGCUGUUUAAACGAGCCCUUGAAAGAAAAACCUGGUGGUCUGUCUGUGGCUGCAAACGCUCCUCAGAUGCUCAUAUCUCAUAGUGAUGUAUUGAAGAAGCCAGCUUUAGAAGAUUUUCAAACCUCUCAUGGAAAUGGUACAAACUCAAUUCAGAUGUCCGCUUCUCAUAGUGAUGUAUCAAAGAAGCCAGCUCUAGAGGGGAAUCGAACCUCACAUGGAAAUGCGAAACAUGAGUUAUCUACCCCUUUGAAACAGCAAGCUCUUUUGAAUGUUCAAACUGAGUUGCCUGAAAAGCCUUCCGUGCUUGGUAGAACCCGGAGCAGUAAUAAAGGAGCAUUAGUGUCUGCAACUGUGGAUGAUAGUAGAGUUGUUAGUGAGCCAUCAAAUUGUACAGAAUUUUUAGAACAUACUUCUCAGUCUUGUAGUUCCAUGCCUUCAGAUGGAAACAAAGAAGCUAACGGAAGAAUGCAGAACUUAACCAGCCAGGUUACCUCAAUGACUGCAGACAAGGGUGUUGUGGAUGACCAACAUGGGUUAACAAGAUCUGAUAGCUCUUCUUUUUAUCAUUCUUCCAUAAAUUCACCUUGUGUGGAAGUGUCCCAGCAGCAUUAUGCUGAGGAGAAGAGGGAAGUUUUGGCAUUGCAGAAUUCUGGUAGACUGGAUACAUUGGCAAGAGCAGGAGUGGAUAUAGGUGCUGAUGUGGUUUUUCCAUUGGUGGCGGGUGCAGGUCCUGUUAUUGAUGACGAUAUACUAUCAUUCAAUAGACAAAGACUCAAGGAUCCAGAGGUUGUUAGCUGUUCAGCCGAUAUGGCCCAUUCAGCUAGUUUGAUGCAUGUGGCAAAUCAUAUGCAGUCUUUUUCAAAUGGCAGUGUGUUUGUUCCCUCCUCUUUUGAUGGUAUAGGAAAUGAUACGUCACGUAUCUCACAUGGAUAUAUUGAUAAGCCACUUGUCAGGGCCUCUGGUGUGAAUGGCAGCCGUCUUGAACAUUCGAAUUGGUUUCCGGACAAUGGAAGAGAGACAAAACCGAUUGGAAACCGUUUCCUUGAAUCACAAGGAAAGUCUUCUAGUACAAUAGAUGACAGCAUAAUCGCAAAUAUAUUGUCCUUGGAUCUUGAUGAAUCCUUGACUUCACCUCAUAACUUGGCGAAGCUCUUGGGGGCAAGGGAGGAAGAAACCAAGUCUCUUAAGCUUUCCAAUUCUUGUAAAGUUCAGAAUAAUCAAUCCAGGUUUUCUUUUGCGAGGCAAGAGGAGUCUAAGGAUCAAUCUUUCGAGUCGUGUAGCAUCUUCAACCAGAUGUCACAUGGCUAUGGUUUCUACCAAGAUUCUGCAGAUAGGUGGGAUCCUCAAAUAGAGAAGCUUGGAAUGUACAGUGGCCUCUCGUCCAGUUAUCUGAAGGGAUUUGAUUCCAUUACAGAGCAUACAGCAUUAUCCUCGUCUGCUCUUUCAAGAACUCCGGUUUCAGCACCACCUGGAUUUUCAGUUCCAAGUCGAUCUCCUCCCCCGGGCUUCUCAUCAAAUGGGAGAAUGGGGCGGACGUUUGGUGGUGUAUCAGGGAACCGUUUCUUUGAAACAACGUUGCCGGGAAAUUCAUACCAGUCACCUCCAGUUGAAAACAUCGGUGGUGUUGGGGAUAUUGAACUUAUGGAUCCUGCCAUUUUGGCGGUUGGGCAAGGAAGAUUUCAAGCCGGCUCUGAGAAUGCAAGUCUAGAUUUGAGAUCAAGCUUUCCAGGAAAUGUAAGCACUUUUGAAAACGGGGCGAAACUUCAACAACUGCUGAUGCAGAACCCUCUAUCUUCACAUCAGAACUUCAGAUUCCCAGGUCAUGCGGAUGGCAACCUGUCCCUUAGCAAUCCUCUUGGGACGCCAUCAAGGCUAACUGAUCAAUCUCAAGGAAGUAGCUUAGCAUCUCCAUUUGUGCAACUCUCUCUUCAACAGUCUAGAAACAUGCUCUGGUCAAAUGGUCAUUACGAGUACGGGUGGACUAACAGCAUCCAAGGUGGAAAGAGGCUGGACAUGGCAGAUCAUCUACGAAAUGAGAGUCUGGGUUUUAACAAGUUGUAUGGUAACUACGAAAGUUCGGCUCUUCAGAUGCCUAGUUCAGGAGAAGCUACUGCAAGUUACUCAAACCAUGGAAAGGAAAGAUUACCUGAAGGGCCUUCUCUACCGACUUAAACCCGAAAGAAGGUCAGAUAAUCUUUUUGUGCUGUUACCAAAUCUUCUGAUGUAAAGAAACUUGUUUGGGGGGAACCUGUUGGGAGUAAAGACAUGUGUUGAUGUGAUGUGAGACAUGUCUCUGGUUGGGCUGCUGAUUUUUUGGCAACUUUUUAAUAUUUAUUUCGGUGUUGUUGUUUUGUCUUAAAACUCUAUUAGAAACAAUAAGACUAUAAGAUGUUUGAUCUACUGAAUCUUAAUCUUAAAGCGUUGAUCUUGAUGCGCAUUUUGUGA